CUUAACAACUCGCAUACAAUUUUGCCUUUCAGAUAACGCAAUCCAUGUAUUCCGUAUCGUGCUUUCAGUAAGCAAGAGGAAAUGAAUCCUCUUUUGUUAAUGUAAUAUUUAGACCAAUGCAUAUCCACUCAACUCGCAUGUUAAUCUGUAGUAGUAGGGAAAAUGAUGCCCUGUGAUAAGGAACGUUAGAAGCACAUCUGUGGCGAUAUUUUCCGCUUUUAUGUUUACACCGAAUAUGUAUUUCUUUACCAGUAGUUAAAAAUAACUUAAUAAAUUAUAAAUAUUGCUGUUCUUAAAGCAACCCUACCAAAAUGUCUUCCUGGCGCUUCAUGUUACAGGAAAAAUACUUCUAACGUUCAGGCGCGACUAGUCUGUGCAGUUAGGGGAUUAGUGAUAUCUUUCAUGCACUUGUGUUUCUGUUAAACUGUACAAUAGCUGUGUUUGGUGGUGGGGAAAGCGGGGCAUGUGGCGCGGUUUUUUGCCGCCGGCUGCUUCGCCGGUGGGGGCGGCUUUGUGCGCCCAUUCCCGCCCUCAAUCUAUGUUUAUACAGGGGGACAUUUAUUAACGUCGCAUAUACAUCACUGCCGAAGCCGCAACCAUAAAACAGGCCUUGUACCCAUUCGAAAAUCUGUUCUUACCAAUAAAAUACGCACAAAAUAUGUACAAAUACAUAUUUGUUUUGAUUUGUAAACCCGACACCGAAAGUGGACUUAUGGAUGAACACCUACUUACAGUAUAACUACGGUGCUAAAUGUCUUAUUUAGAUUGUUUUAACUGUUUGUAAUAUUUCGUAGUUAUUUUAUGUUUUUACGUUUCGGGUUAUUCAAUGAUUUAAUUUCCUAUAGGCCUAUUCUAGCGAUGAAUACAGACUUGUGGCGUUAAAAGUCGACAUAACUGCGUAUUACAUGCAUCUAUAGACGAACCCAAACACUUUUAUGUGUAUGAUGAGGUCUAUAUGUGUGUAAUUAUACGACAUGCGCAUUAUAUACCCCAUAAGUAAAUCUUCCAGUAUUACUCUUUAUUAAUAAUACUGUAUGCGUUACACCAUCGAGGAAAUAGCUGCAGAAAACUAAUUGUUACUUUAUUAAGGCCGUAUACAGACCAGAUGAGAAUUGCUUUACACAGCCUUAUGUUACAGAUGUGUGGAAGUCCAUUUUAUCAACACGGUAAGAUAGCGUGAUGUGCGCUGGUUUUCCUGGGACAGUGCUGUCCGGCAGAGCAGAUCCCAGUCGCUCGUAACCGGAGACGCGGAAGGUGAAACCCGGAGCCGAUCGGCAGCCAAUCAGCGGCCCGCGAUCCGUUUAAAGGGCCCAUAAAGGGAGGCAAUCGGACGGAUCCUUCACAUCUAAGCCCUGGAGGCGCAUGCAGGAAAACGCAUCGCUGAUCUCUGAGAAGCGCCCCAUUUGUCAUCUAAACUCAUUUUUCUUACUGUUUUUGAGGACCAACUGUUUAGAGAUAACAUUUUAAACGGCCUUUAAGGAGCCAGCCCGCGCUUCACCGCAACUACGAGUCAGGUAAGGUAAAUUAGAUAAAAUGCAACAGGUUGGACAACGCUUGGACACUAUCGAUGUUACAAGGCAGGUAUUUGCUGGAGGAAGUUAAAUGUAUUUCGAAUAAUACUUCAAAUUGUGGACAGUUCAUCACGAAAUCGGAUUGGAUUCUUUUAGGGAAAAUAGGCCUAUUUACUAAGCGGAAAGUGUAACUCUGAGAUGGGGGCGUUUUUAAUGAGCGUCCUGCCUCUGGUUGAGGUUGGUAUGAAAUCUUUCGUCUGAUUCUCAUGGCAGGUGUCUGUGGAUCAACAGGAGGAUCUCGUGCCCACAUUUCGGGAUUUCUGGGAAUCUUCUCGGAGCUGCUCUGCCAUGCCCGUUCUCACCAGUGUGCAGCUCGCCUCCCAGUUUCAGGGGUGCUGGACAGCUCUCCAGCCCGAGGGCGGCUCGGAUUCGCCCGGCUCUCUGCCGCUGGACGACAGCCUGACGAGUCUCCAGUGGCUGCAGGAUUUUUCCAUCUUGAGCGCCACGCUGGAGAGACUGCCCCCGCACCAGGCGCCCACCUGCCGCAGAACGGACGCCCCUGCCAGCCCAGCAGCGGGUGACACGGCGGCCACGGGCACCCCCCGCGCCCUCGGCAGCCCCAUCAGCGCCAGCGCAUCUGCGGACGGCUGGCAGUGCCCUCAGGCGCCGGCGGAGGUGGACUACAGGACGGACCCGCGAGUGAAGCCCCCCUACUCGUACGCCACGCUCAUCUGCAUGGCCAUGCAGGCCAGCAAGAAGAGCAAGAUCACGCUGUCAGCCAUCUACAGCUGGAUCACGGACAACUUCUGCUACUACAGAUACGCUGAGCCCAGCUGGCAGAACUCCAUCCGCCAUAACCUCUCCCUGAACAAGUGCUUCGUGAAGGUUCCCCGGCAGAAGGGAGAGCCGGGGAAGGGUGGAUUCUGGCAGAUGGACCCCCAGCACGCUGACAUGUUCGUCAAUGGCGUCUUCAAGCGCCGUAGGCCGGCCUCCAGCCACAUGGGGGCGCAGCGGCAGGGCAGGGAGGCUCCCCCUGUUGGCCGCCAGCUGGCUGUGGGAGCUCCAGUACUCGGCAGUAAACGCAAACACCCGUCACCUGGCAAGGCUGGGAAAUGUGGACGGAGCUCAGGAGCCCCCCAGCCAGCGUCGGAGGCGAAGGAGAUGGGGGCCCUCAAGGGGGAUUUCAACUGGGCCUCCUCCUUCGACGACGUCGUGGGAGGAAUGGGGAGUACCUUCGAAGACCUGGACCUCAACCUGGCCCUGAACUCCCUGGGCUGCGACCUGGACACCUCUCUCCAGGGUCAACAUCAUGGCAGCGGGGGGCGCUGGUGCCCCAACGGGUCUGAACACGCCUGCGAGUACGUGGAGGCAAGCGGUGUGCCGGGCGGAGCCGGCGACGACCCCCAGACCCAACUGGAGGAGCUGACUCUCUUUCUAGAGCUGCCACACCCAUGGGAGGAGCUUAAGGAGGAGGCCACGCCCCUUACGCUGGACCAUGGCCUAUGCGAGGGCGUCUUUGCCGAUACGCAGCCCUGGGGCAGGGUGGAGUCAUACCUGUGACACCAGCCUACCUUGUCGUGCUGCUGCAGACACUCAGAAGAGCUACAGACUCCCGUUUGCUACAUUAGCAUUAUAUCUCCGUACACAGCGAACAUCUCGGUUUACUUUUUUACAUGGGUCUGAUGUAUUAACGCCGAGGCUUUUAUACAUAUCCAGUUUUAUUUCUCUUUUUGGCCCAAAAAAAAACCAUAACAUAUAAUUUGUAGUGCAAACAACUAAUGAAUUACUUUGUUGGGGAAAAAAAUUAUAUGGAAUAUUUGGGUAAUUUAGGCACUGGUUUAAGACAAUGAUGGAGGCAACUAAAUAAGGGAAAAUGUCCUCCAAACGCAAAAGAUAAAAUAAUUAAUAAUAAAUAAUUAAUAAUAAUAAGUAACAAUUAGUAAUAAUUACUAAUGAUUAAUAACAAUGAUUAUAAUUAAUAAUAGUUAUUCAUAAAGUUUUAAAGGAAAACAAAUGUCACACCUGUAAGUCAGCAAUGUCUUGCCUUGAGCAGACGGUCCAGAGCUUCACAGGGGUACGGCCAGACAUUUUGGGCCCCAACCCACACCAAUGGAAUUAUGUUCCAACCCCCCCCCC